UUUACAAUUAUGGAUAUCUUAUCCCUGAUUUACAAUUAUGGAUAUCUUAUCCCUGAUUUACAAUUAUGGAUAUCUUAUCCCCGAUUUACAAUUAUGGAUAUCUUAUCCCUGAUUUACAAUUAUGGAUAUCUUAUCCCUGAUUUACAAUUAUGGAUAUCUUAA